AUGCAAGAUGCCCAUGACAUCCUCAUAGGAAAUGAGGUUCCUUGGGACAAGAUCAAUGCUGGCGAUGAUGAGGAUUUCGAUGGCCGUGAUACAGAAUUCAAUCAGAUUUCUGUCGAUAUCGCGGACGUGGUAAACUGUCUCCUUCGACUGAGCGUGGCCAUACGAAAUCCUGCACCCCACGAUCGCUUCAUCAAGUCUCAUUCAAUUGAUACAUCUCACUAUGAGACCUUUGACAUCCAGCACGUCUCGUCGAAGUUUAGAACGAUAGAACCUCUCCUUGCCGAAAGACUGGGCAAGGCGAUAAGCCGACGGCGCCAGUUCUUCAAUUACAGAUUGGCUCACCGCACAAAACUAUCGCAGGGCCUCACUCACGAGGGAGGCGACGCUGAGACGAUUGCCUCGUCACUUCCGGAAUACCUUAAAGAUGUCGCUCGUGGUGGUCAGCCCUUACCCAUCAAUGCGAUUGGGGACGAGGGCUCAGACUCUGGAUGUUCCCAAACGUCAUAUGCCACUUCGCUGGCAGAUCUCGAUCAAUGUCGAAUCCCCCCCUUACCAAAAGACUCAUCAGAGGGUCCGUUCGAAUGCCCUUUCUGUCAUACAAUCAUUGUUGCAAACACUAGAAGUUCGUGGAAGGAGAGAGCUCUCCAGGAGGUACCAGUGGAUGGAACACGUGAGACAGAUUCACUGGAAGCUAUACUCAUGCCCACUGGCGUUCACGGGGGAUCGGUAACCACUAGGGACCUAGAUACGCUUGUGUAUCUGAGCCAGAAGCCCGUGAAGAUUAAACAAGGUAUCCCUUGUCCAAUUUGUGCCGAAAUGAUGCGAUCCACCUCACGAUAUCAGCGUCACGUUGGCCGACAUCAAGAGCAACUAGCACUAUUCGCUUUACCAACUGUAGAAUCGGAUGAUAAGGACGAACGUGUUAGCGAGAGUGAUUCAAAUGCUGAGUCGAUUGACAUAAUAUCUAACCAGGACGAACAAGGCACUAAUAACAUACAACCUGAGGAGCCGCCGACCUCGUAUUCGAUGCUCAGAACAGACGAGAUGACUGCUUUACCACCUAACGAUCCAAAUGCUAGCAUGACCAAUAGACAAAACGAAUACUUCGUACAACGCGAUGGCAUUGAUCGAGAGGUCAUUACAGCCGAUAUCUGCCAAUAUCUCGGGCAAGAUGCCCUUGUGCGACCUGGACAUUAUGAGAAUCCCGAAACUGGCCAAGCAAUUCAGUGUUACUAUAUAACGGCAUCUAGGAACUUGACUUCAGCGAUGAUAGAAGACCUAAAAGCAGACUCUGCCCAAUGGGAACAAGAAAUGCGGGCGGUACCGCGUAAUAGGCUAGAACAGGGCCGCUACCGAGACUCUCAAAUUCACAGGAAUCGCGUACUGUAUGGAUUACGGUAUCAAGAACCAUGA